AGCACACGAGACACGUUCCUGCCCCUUGGAUCCUUGAGCUUCAGGGAGACAGGCAGGCAUGUGCAUGUGGGUUUGGAUGGGACAGCACCGGCUGCCCCUCGACACCGUCUUUGGUGUUGAGGCUCGAGGCCCUCGUGUCCUGCCCGUGCCCUGAACAGGCAUCCUCUCCAGGUGGUCGGGUAAGAUGGGACCCUGUUCACAGGAACUUUUUGAUGCCCCCUCAUUUGUGAGACCUUCCUUGGCAACACUUGUGUUGCUGGGAUGAGGUGUGGGUCCCCGCUUUCCAGGACCCCACCCCGUGGCUCCCGGUGUACCUGACCACCCCAGGACCCUGUCUGCUGCCGAGGGUCCAGGCAGCAGGGUCUGGUGGGGUCAGGACAGGAUGGCCUCAUGUGGAUGGACGCGUGCCACUCCACGUCCUACAGUAGCACACGGGGGCAGGAAGACUGGUUUCACGGGCCCGCUCAGCAUCAUUCGGCGGGGCACGCAAGGUGGAGGUCGCUGAUGUUUUCUGGAAGGGUUCACAGUUCGGAAGGUGCAAGGAGCUGAACCCCAGUUUGAAACCACCAACUGACGGGCAUUGCUUUAAUUUGUGAACAUGAAGUAUGGGCAUGCAAAUUCACAGGCAGCCCGUGUAUGAAAAUGAGUCGGCCCUGAACCUGUAUGAGACCUGCAAGGUGCGGACCGUGAAGGCAGGCACGCUGGAGAAGCUGGUGGAGCACCUGGUGCCCGCCUUCCAGGGCAGCGACCUCUCCUAUGUCACCAUCUUCCUGUGCACCUACCGAGCCUUCACCACCACCCAGCGGGUCCUGGACCAGCUGUUCCAAAGGUACGGUAGAUGUGACGCCCUCACGGCCUCCUCUAGAUACGGGUGCAUCCUCCCUUAUUCCAGCGUGGACGGCGGACCUCAGGACCAACCGAAAAAUGCCGUCUCCUCCAUCCUGGGCACCUGGCUGGACCAGUACUCCGAGGACUUCUGUCAGCCCCCGGACUUCCCCUGCCUCAAGCAGCUGGUGGCCUACGUGCAGCUCAACAUGCCCGGCUCCGACCUGGAGCGCCGGGCCCGCCUCCUCCUGGCCCAGCUGGAGCACACGGAGCUCACCAAGGCAGAGCCGGAGGGCACGUUUGGAAGGCAGGCACGUUGACCUCCUCCUGCACCUUCACUGCCAUCUCAGGAUCUAGAACUGGCUCCAGCACCAGCCCCUGUACAAUCUGAAGACCUAGAUCCAGCUGCAGAAGCAGCAACAGAACUAAAGCCAGAUCCAGAGCUGGAGGCGUUUCCAUCAGUGGCUGGAGGGACGCCUCGAGCGGCGGCACCAGAGCAGGAGCCAGCAUCACAAUCAGUUGCAUCAGCACCUCUGCAUCCAGGGCCCGUGGCUGCACCUCCGGAGGAGACCCAGAGCCGGCUCAGGACCCACUACCCCUGCGGGGAGAACCAGCUCGGGCACCAUGCUCAGUGUCAGCUCCUGACCCACUUCUACCCGCUCCCCCCGACCCCCGAACUCUCCUUCCCCUCCCCUGUUACUGUUUCUGAUUUGGUUUUUAAUUUUAUUUUUUCAUUUCACAUUAUUUAUGGUGUCUUUUACGUCUUCAUAGAACCAAGUUUAAUUUUUUUAAUUUUAAAUUGUGCGUUUCAGGAGCAUCGAGUAUAUUCACAGUUCUGUGCAACCUUCCCCAGGGUCUCGGGCAGACUUUCACUCCCCAGAAGGAACCCCUGAGCCAAAGCGUUCACUCCCCAUUCCUCUCUCCCCCAGCCCCUGACAGCCUGUAAUCUGCUUUCUGUCUCUGUGUCUUUACCUGUUCUAGAUGUUUCCUAUAAAUGGAAUUAUACAAGGUGGCUUUCUGUGUAGGCCACAUAUUUUAAGAGGGGAGUAGUUAAUUUUUGUUUUCUUUUUUCACUUGAAAUAGCAUUUUUGUUAUAUGAAAGGGAAA